CUCUUGGAAACGGAGAAGCAACCAAUCAGCGGGCUCGGAACAGUCUCACUGCCACCCCCACUACAAACAAGGAAAGUGGUGCGAAAAGCAUGGUGCGAGAGCGUAUAAGAAGGACGGACCAUCGUUGAGCCGGUAAAUAAAGUCUUGGUUGUCUUAGAGACGAGAAGGAACGAUGUCCCAGCAGAGUGCAGACCUUCAGGGUGACGGUGGCCGCGGCGCCGACGAGUUCGCAGACAUGGACGCCUGCUUCGACGCGUUCGACCAGGACGGCGACGGAAAGAUAGACUUUACUGACUUCGGUAGGAUUUGCGCUGCCCUUUUCCGCAAUGACAAGGGCAUCGUGUACAGCUGUUCUGAUGAGAAACAAAAGGAGAUGUUUGGCAUCUUUGAUCAAAACAAGGAUGGAUUCAUUGACAGGACUGAAUUCAAAUUCUGCUGGAAUAAAUGGAUCAAGAAGAUCGUACGUCCUGUGAGUGCCCUGUUGGUGAUUGAUGUGCAGAAUGACUUCAUUUCCGGCUCGCUCAGUCUCAGCAACUGUGACGCCAAGCAGAACGGAGAAGAGGUGAUUAAGCCGAUCAACAAUUUAGUGGACACAGUUCCAUUUGACGGCAUUUGCUACUCGCUCGAUUGGCACCCAGCCGAUCAUGUUUCCUUCAUUGACAAUGUCGGCAAAAGGAAAAUCCACUCUACUAGUCCAGUGAGGGCUGACCAGGCCCAGUUGUACGACACUGUGAUUUUCGAUGGGAAGCCUCCAACCACCCAAAAGCUCUGGCCCCGCCACUGCGUCCAGAACAGUUGGGGUGCCGAGCUGCACAAGGAUCUCAAGGUUGGGAAAGACCCAAAUUUGGUGUACAAAGGGAGCAACUCUGAUGUUGACUCAUACUCUGCCUUCUUUGACAACAAGCGAUUGAGCCGAACUGGCCUGCAUGACAAACUAAAGGAGAUCAACGCCACUGAUGUUUACGUGUGUGGACUUGCUUAUGACGUCUGUGUUGGCUCUACGGCUGUUGAUGCUCUUGCCAUUGGCUUCAGAACCAUAAUGAUCAAUGACUGCGCGCGAGGCGUUAAUUUCGAUGAUAUCGAAAGCACCAAGAAGCGCUUCAUUGAGUUGAAUGGCAUUAUUGUCGAGUCUAACCAGGUGAAAGCAAUGGUUGAGGGCCGUGACAGGAGACCAGAAUUGGGAUACAAACUAGCCUUGGAGCUGAAGGAGUUGCCGAAGUGAUUGGAUACUUAACAGAGCACAUGACGCUAGAUGUAGAGAGCAAAAGUUCUAGAUUUGUAGCAGGGUAAAGCAUUUAAAUUGACAAAUUUUAUUUGAUAGUUCCUAACAAAAAUCAAUGGUGGCCUAAGCAAACUCUACGUCUGUACAGCGUGGAACACUGCAAGCUUAAUAAUUAUACUAUAGUGCCUCUUGCUGAUGUCAAUUUUACCGACGGCUUGUGCUUAAAAAUCUUAUUAUUUUGUAACUGAACGUUUAAGCACUGAAAGAGUGCGGUACUUGGUUCAUCGGUUCUACCAAAGUCAUUAUUUUCUGCAUUAUUAUCAAUAUACUUCUAAUGUCAAUAGGACGCACUACUUGUGUGAUUUGAGCCGGGAAACAAAUAAAACACGACUUUAUGUUAAUUAAA